GCUCGAGCGGCGCGGGCGGGCGGCAGGCAGCUGGGGGGCCGCCGUGAGGUGGGCCUAGCCGGGGCCGGUGCGGCAGGCGGAUGGAGGAGCAGAGCUGCGCUCUCGGAGACCCAACCGUCCGCCAGGGGAAGCUGCUGCUCCAGCGGCGGUGCUGCCCCAAGCCCUCUGACCUGCGCCUGAGGAGCUUCUGCGCGGCCGCCUUCCGCCCAAAUGGCUCAGGAAGAGAUGGAAGUUGAUCUCCAACCAGUGGUGAACUACUCCCUGGAGAGCCAGGGGGUGCUUCCUGCAGGGCCCGCUGCUCACACGGCGCUGCCCUCCCAGGCUGCAGCGCUGCACAGCGGAGAAGGCAGCACUAUCGUUGUUUCCGACGAUGAAGUCGAUGAAGUCGUUACCCUAUCGACUGCUGAUGCGCCAAGGGAAGCAGCUGCCGAUCCUGACCAGCAGGCGAAUCCUCCCUCGGCUCUCAUCGGGCUGCUGAGGCUGCAGGGGGCGUCUGAGCAGCACCAGCUGCUGCCUGGGCCGCAGGUUAUGCAGCGCCCGCGGGUACGAAGGAGCGCUCGCAGGCAGCCGAGAGUCAGUGCCUCCCAGAGGACAGUCAGCGCCAGGGCAGCAUUGGACAGUUACUUUCAGAUCAGCAGGACGCAGGAGCCAGCUGCAAUACCAGGUUCACAUCUGGAGCCCUCGCAUACUGUGAGGGGCGGCCAGCAAGGUGCGUCCCAGGUCACAGAACUGCAGUCGAGUGACUCCGACAGCAGCACUUCUGAGGAGGAGGAAGAGGUGGAGGCUGCACCUCCAGCAGCCCAGCAGACGCCUGCAGCAGCUAGCUCAGUUUCCAGUCAGGAUCAAGCAGAGCUGCCUCAAACUCUGCCUCGAGUUCCUGCAGAAAAUGGAAAUAAUGAAGAUGAAGAAUUUGAAGCCCAGCAAAAGCAGAGAACUCCACUGAAGAAACAGGAAGCACCAAUUCCUGCUGCAGCACUGGGGGAGGAGGAGGAAGGGGACACGUGUGCCAUCUGCUUUGAGCCGUGGACCAACGCUGGGGAGCACCGUCUGUCAGCCCUGCGCUGCGGGCACCUCUUUGGUUACACUUGCAUUGACAGGUGGCUCAAGGGGCAGGCAGGGAAGUGUCCCCAGUGCAAUAAGAAAGCAAAACGUUCUGACAUCGUGGUCCUGUAUGCCCGCACCCUGAAGGCACUGGAUACCAGUGAGCAGGAACGCAUGAAGAGCUCUUUAGAAAAGGAGCAGAAGUUGAGGAGACAGGCAGAGCUGGAGUCUGCACAGAGCCGGCUGCAGCUGCAGGUCCUGACAGAUGAAUGCAGCAAACUCCGCAAGCAAGUUCAGGAGCUGAAGGCUCUGGUGGCUCAGCACAACGUCACUGCUUCUAAACCCCCUGGCAACUCCCACACCUGCUUCCCAGGCAGCCUCCCCUCCAGCCAGAGCCGGCGCAAGUACCACCUGGAGAAGGUUUUUGUGGUGUCUCAGGCUGGCAGCUGCAGAGUGAUGGCAUACUGCGACUCGCUGAGCUGUCUCGUGGUAUCACAGCCUUCUCCACAGUCUACUUUUAUUCCUGGCUGCGGUGUGAAGAUGAUGAGCGUGGCCAACCUGAAGAGCAGUCAGUACAUCCCCAUCCACAGCAAACAGAUCCGGGGGCUGGCUUUUGGCAGUCGUGCAGACGGGCUGCUGCUGUCUGCUGCUCUGGACAACACUCUCAAACUCACCAGCUUGGCAACAAACACCGUGGUGCAGACAUACAAUACUGGCCGCCCCGUGUGGAGCUGCUGCUGGUGCCUGGAUGAUACAAACUACAUCUAUGCUGGGUUGGUCAACGGCUCCAUCAUGAUAUACGACCUGAGAGACACCAACUCCCACGUCCAGGAACUGGUCCCUCAGAAGUCCAGGUGUCCCAUGGUAUCACUGUCUUACCUGCCUCGAAUGGCCUCAUCCUCUUUGCCCUAUGGUGGCAUAUUGGCUGGGACCUUGGAAGGAGCUUGUUUCUGGGAGCAGAAGGCUGGGAACUCCUACCGGCCUCAUCAUCUGCUGCUGGAGCCAGGGGGAUGCAUUGACAUUCAGACAGAGAGCACCUCGCGGCACUGCCUGGCGACGUACAGGCCCAGUAAAAGUAACCCGUGUGUGCGUUGUGUCCUGAUGGAGCUGACCUGCACCCCGCUGACAGAGGCCUCUGAAGAUGUGGUGUGCUCUGCUAACCCCGUCCAGACCUUCAGUGCUGGGCCCACCUGCAAGCUGCUGACCAAGAAUGCCAUUUUCCAGAGCCCAGAGGAGGAUGGCAGCAUCUUUGUGUGCGCUGGCGACGAGGCAUCUAAUUCUGCCAUGCUCUGGGAUGCUGGCAGCGGCUCCUUGCUGCAGAAAUUGCAGGCUGACCUGCCCGUGCUGGACAUCUGCCCCAUGGAGGUGAACCAAACCCACCUGCUGGCUACCCUGACGGAGAAGGCAGUGAAGCUCUACAGGUCUGUCAUUAUUUCUCCGUUGGUCAAUUUUCUACAGUCGAGCUCAGCAAGCUGCCUCAGCACAGCAAUAAUUCUUGGCCCGUCUCCAGCGUGUGUUGCUGCACUUUUUCCAGUGUGAAUAUAUUAGAGGGAUUUGCAACUCUCUUCUACGAAUCAACAGAAUAAAAGAAACUUGAAGACCUGCGACUCCCACUGUACUCUCACACGGAGUCCUGCUGUGAUUACUGGGUGAUGAGAAGAUGGUAAUGCUGGCGCCUCACCAGCGCUGCUGAUACUUGGUGCAAAAGCAGGCUCGCUAUUUCAGAGAACAUAUCCCCACGUUCUUUUUUUGAAGGCAGAGGGCAAAGGCAGUUAGUGGUUCCUGAGGAAGGAGACCCCGUGCUGUGGCCAUGAAGAGAGCAGGCUUGAAAAAUCUGCAGUUUUUUGUUAUCUCUCCCUGUGAGCAUAUUUAUAUAUAUAUAUUUUUUUUUGGCACUGUAGUUGCCUAACCCUGUUUCCAUCUCUCUCUGUCUUCCUCCUUCCUUGCCACCGACAUCCAAGCAAACUUGGGCAGUGUGGUUGUAGAAAAGGGAAGCUCAUAGAAAGGCAGGGGGUGUGGUGGAUAGCUGUACUGCUGGCUGCUGCAGUCUGUGUGUCCUUCCUUGAAGUACUGAUGCACUGCAACAGCCCCUACAGUGGGGGAGAAUGCUGGCUCUUCUCCUGUGGGCAUCGGUGGGGCUGCCCAUGGGGAUCAGCCCUGGUUGCUGCAGUUGAGUCUUGACAUCUAUACUGUGAAUAUGCUGCAGGGUAUGGGAACGCCCAUUUCCAAAUCAAAUCACGGAACAGGACUUUGGUUUCCUUUUGUUUAUCAAAAGCAAAGCUGUGAGGAUGUUAAAGAAGCCCCAGGGUGAGUCCCCGCAUUGGCACCAUGUCCCUGGGUGCAGCACUGUGGUAGCAGCAUCUGUGCUGGGCGUGUGGAGCCUGCUGCCAGAACAGCUUUGUUUUCUGGGACGUGCAAGGUAGGAUCCUGCUGGAGUCUGCUGAGGUCUCUGCUUAACUUUGUAAAUGGAUGUAUAUUAUUUUAUUUUUCUAUGCUGUAAAAAUAAAGUGUUUAUAGUUACCAAAUGCAGUCGGUGCUGCUGUGCCUUAGAAGCACCUCAGCAGUGUGUGCUGCUUGUCUUGGGGCUGUGAGUGAGCAGCCCUGUUUGCAGGUAAGCUUUCUCACGUUUUGCACUGGGCUUCGGACUGAAAUAAUGCCUUUCAGUGGGUGGAGAGCCUUCUGUCCUCCCCCAAAAAAUCUUCAUAUGCACGCAGGAAGAAAGGAAUUAAGAUUUCCCAUCUUCUGAUUUUCUAGGUAGCAAUUAUUUUCUAUUGUCUUCAUUCCUGCAGGAUGGUAUUAACAAAUUCUGUUGAAAUAAAUGAAAGGAGAACAGCAUUUUGAUGUUCUGUUCAAUCCCAGAGUUCGGAAGAAUCUUUCAAAGAUAAGAACCUCACACAUUGCUGUCAGGUUCACAGUGAGCUUUGGCAAAGAGCACCUAAACUGCAUGCAGAAAGCUGCACUGAGGGCUGGGGGAA